AUGGAGCGUCGUUCCUCUAUUCUCGCCCCGUCCGCAGCCAGCCUCCCUGAUACCUUCCGCAUCCCGUCAACCGCAUCCUCCCUCCUCAAAUCAUUGGGGAGGCUUUCUAGACCAUCUCUGCUCUCCCUCGUCUCCCAAUGGCUCGAUGAUAGGAAUGCACCGGCUUGUCGCCCAUAUCUACUCCACGAUGCCAGAAAGCGACGGAAGGCUGCUGAGGGAGACGAGGACGAUGACGCCAAUCCCUACGAGCCUGCGGCCUCGAUUGACGAACUGAGAGACAUCUAUGCCAGCUUUCUGGAGCGCAAGGGGGGUAAAAGAGAGGUGGUUGAUCGCAUACUAGAGGGGGACUGGCGGCAUGGGUUAACGCUCCGUCAGCUUGCCAUGGCCGACAUUCGAUACAUCGAAGACCACCCUGCUUCUGGCCACCGAUGGACUGCGCUACAGCUUGUCCCUGCUAGAUCAAAAAACACUUCACGACGCAAGGACAACGACGACGGCGCCGAGUCGAUAAAUCCCUUACCGCAAUUUCACGGUGCAACGUUUUUAAAAUCCAUCCAAACCAACAUAUCACCGCUCGUCAAGGCGCAUUACUACCUCUCACGCUCCAACAGUCUCCCGUUAACCUUUGUUCGAAUCUUCAUUAUCGAUUCACCGUAUCAAUACCCAAGGCAAUCCGCCCAUGUCUUCACUGACGCCUCGAGGCUCAUAUAUCUCGCGUUCCCCGACAGCUCACCCUACAUUUACUCUUCACUAUUUUCAAUACCCGCUGUGCGCAGCGCCGCGACAUUCUCAACAUCCCAGUCUUUUCUAAUGACAGAUACCCAGACGCUCAGGCGCAUUGUUAUGGACGCCAUCCCCAAAGCAUUGUCCCGCCCGCAGCAACGCCUAUCUCUUAAACCAACGUCACUAACGACCAAAAGCCUUCACACACUCCUGACUCUUCGCGGUCCAUGGAGGACAAAUGCUGCCAACGGCGCUUUUACUGUCUUUGCAGAUGCGGUUGUCGAACAAAGCCCGCUUGACCCAAGACUGUCAAGUUCGGUCCCAGUACACGAUUUCGCUACAAGUUUGAAAGAAGAUCCGGCCAGCCAGAAAGCAAAUAUGUCCCAAAUACCAGUAUCAGCAAAAAGGGGACCACAAUCCGAACUCGAUCAGUCAGAUUCCGCAGCGAAACGGAAGCGACAGAGAACCAUUCUCACCCGCUUUGGAACCAACAGUACAGGUCGUCAGCCCCUGACGACGCCACCCUUAACUUCUCCUACUCCAAGCAUAGCCGCGACUCCCAAAAACCCGUCAAUCGAAAAACUCGAGAUCCGCCUACUCGACCCCAUUACGCCCUCCUCCCCAACCCACAAAACUGGAAGCAGUACGGAGCCCACCAUUUCACUUACAUUCUCUGGCUCCGAUGUUAUAUCCGGUUUCCAGCAGCUUGCGGAGUUGGGCGUCGUAGAUGUAGAAAGGAUCCCGACGUGGAUGACCGGUGAGGAGGGCGGAUGGGAAGAGGGUUUUGCAUCGUCAGGAGUAGAAAUGGAGAUGCACUUGGAGCACGGAGUUAUAGACCGGGUUGGGUCUGGGGCAUGA